UUAUGUGUGUAUAUAGACAAGAUAGGCACGUAAAAUAAGGUCAACAACCAAGGUGUCUAACUUUUCGAGAAAGUUAAUUCUUGGUCCUACUUAUUUAAAAAUUUAAAAAAUGUCGCCUCCGAGAUUGUAUCAUUUCCCUUUAAGUGCACCAUCUCGUGGUGCGGUUCUCGCUGCAAAAAUUGUUGGUGUACCAGUGGAUAUCAUAAUUAUAGACCUAGUGAAAAAGGAACAGUUUAAUGAAAGUUUCAUUAAAAUUAAUCCCCAACACUGCGUACCUACACUUGAUGAUGACGGUUUUGUUAUAUGGGAAAGUCGUGCAAUUGCGUGUUACUUAGCUGACAAAUACGGUACAAAUGAUGAUUUAUAUCCAAAAGAUCUACAACGACGCGCAGUCGUCAAUCAAAGAUUGUAUUUCGAUAGUUCAUUCGUAUACCCUAGAAUUAGAGCAAUAUGUUAUCCAAUUAUUUAUGACGGUGUAACAGAAAUAAAGGAAAAAUUAAAAGAUGAUUUAAAUGCUACUCUUGGUUUUCUCAAUCAAUUUUUGGAGGGUAAUAAGUGGGUUGCUGGAGAUCACUUGACGAUAGCAGAUACUGCAAUUCUCGCAUCUUUAAGUUCAAUACUUGAAGUGGGCUGGGACAUAUCUCCUUUCCCUAAUAUUGAAAGAUGGCUGAAAAGUUGCACAAGUAUACCUGGAUAUGAAGAUAAUAUAGAAGGUGCUAAGAUGUUUGGAUCUAUUGUCAAGAAAAAUCUAAAAUAAUGUUUACAAAUAUAUUUUUCAUAUGCACUUAAUCCUAUAACAUUAUAUUAUAUUAAAUGUAAAUGAUAAGAUAUUUUUCUAUCUAUAAAAUUUCAAGACUAA